UUUUUCUCCAAACCAAAAUCUAAUGGCAAACAAAGAAAUGGAAGUGGUAAAAGGGCUAGACUUGGAGAGGUACAUGGGGAGGUGGUAUGAAAUAGCUUCCUUUCCUUCGUUUUUCCAGCCAAGGACUGGAGAGAACACCAGAGCUAACUACACUCUGAAUGGAGAUGGAACUGUCCAUGUUCUGAAUGAGACCUGGAGCUCUGGAAAGAGGGAUUUCAUCGAAGGGACGGCUUAUAAAACCGACCCUUCGAGUGAUGAGGCCAAGCUCAAAGUCAAGUUCUAUGUGCCUCCUUUCCUUCCUAUCAUUCCUGUUGUGGGAGAUUACUGGGUUUUGUAUAUUGAUGAGGAUUAUCACCAUGUUCUUGUUGGGGUGCCUAACAGGAAGUCUCUUUGGAUACUAUGCAGAGAUACUCAUAUCGACGAAGAAGUCUACAACCGUCUGGUGCAGAGGGCGGAAGCUGAAGGCUAUGAUGUGAGCAAGCUUCACAAGACACCACAGGCUGAUCCUCCUCCGGCGAGUGAAGAAAAGCCGACUGACACAGGCGUUUGGUGGAUCAAAUCCCUUUUUGGUAAGUAGAAGGGUGAACAUUAAGGGCAGAUCACAUGUCUUGGCAACUAUAGGAAUAAAGGUUUCGGACCAAGCAGUGCUAGAACUUAUGAAUAGGCUUUGUAAGGGUCUUUUGUGCUAGUAAUGUAUUGUAAAAGGGUGGCUACUUUCUUAAAUGUUUCCGUCAAUGAAGUUUUCAGAAUUUGAGUGCUUGA